CAAAUCAACACAAAGACUCCAUGGAUGAUUUACUUCAUGUUGAUAAUGCACCACUGAUAACUGAUUCCUCAAAAUCAAAGCAUGGGGCCAAGAGCACAUGGUCAAACGGGUUGAAAAAGUUGUUUAAAUCCAAAGAUAGUGCAUCAUCAGUACAACUGACAGAUGAACAUACUGAACGAGAAGUUUAUCCAGGAGUACCCAAACAAAGCUUCCCAAACAAUGCUAUAUCAAAUGCCAAAUAUAAUCCAAUAACAUUCAUUCCAAUCAUCUUAUAUGAACAAUUCAAGUUUUUCUUCAAUUUAUAUUUCCUUCUAGUUGCAUUAUCACAAGCUAUACCGGCUUUAAGAAUAGGUUAUUUAUCUUCAUAUGUGGUCCCAUUAGCGUUUGUGCUUAUCGUCACAAUGUCUAAAGAAGCGCUUGAUGAUAUCCAAAGAAGGAGAAGAGACACAGAGGCAAAUGGUGAGAUGUAUGAAGUUAUUGGACAAACCAAAUUGGUCCCAAGUAGAAAUUUAGCUGUUGGUGAUUUAGUCAAAUUGCAUAAGGAUAAAAGAAUCCCAGCAGAUAUGAUAUUAUUACAAUCAAGUGAGGCAUCUGGUGAAUCAUUCAUCAAGACUGAUCAAUUAGAUGGUGAAACUGACUGGAAAUUAAGAAUAGCUACACCAUUAACUCAAAAUUUAUCAUUAGAUGACUUGAAAAACAUCAGUAUAACUGCAUCCGCGCCUGAGAAAUCAAUUCAUUCAUUUCUUGGUAGAUUAUCAUAUGAUAAUCAAACAACAGGUCUUACAAUUGAUAAUACACUUUGGGCAAAUACAGUCCUUGCAUCUGGUACUGCAAUCGGUUGUAUUAUUUACACUGGUACUGAUACAAGACAAGCUAUGAACAUGACAAAAUCUGGUGUGAAAACCGGAUUACUUGAGCUGGAAAUCAACAGAGUCUCUAAAAUAUUGUGUAUUUGUGUUUUCGUUUUAUCAUUUGGGUUGGUUUCAAUUCAUGGGUUUGGCUCUAAAUGGUAUGUUGAUGUUAUGAGAUUUUUGAUUUUAUUUUCCACAAUUAUUCCAGUUUCUUUGAGAGUUAACUUGGAUUUGGCUAAAUCCGUUUAUGCUUAUCAAAUUGAACAUGAUCAUGAAAUUGAAGACACUAUUGUUAGAACAAGUACCAUUCCAGAAGAUUUAGGAAGAAUUGAAUAUUUGUUAUCUGAUAAAACAGGUACUUUAACACAAAAUGAUAUGGAGUUGAAAAAAUUACAUCUUGGAACUGUUUCUUAUGCUGGUGAUACUAUGGACAUUGUUGCAGAUUACGUGAAGGACAUUGAUGGUAAAAAUAUCAUCGCCACAAAUAAAAGAGAUUUAGGUACAAGAGUUCGUGAUUUGAUAUCAACUUUGGCUAUCUGUCAUAAUGUUACACCAACAAUUGAAGAUGGUGAAAUCACUUACCAAGCUGCUUCACCAGAUGAAAUCGCAAUUGUUAAAUUCACUGAACAAGUUGGAUUAUCAUUAUUUAAAAGAGAUCGUCAUAAAAUCACCUUGGCACAUGAAGGUUCACAUGAAAAUUUAUCAUAUGAUAUUUUACAAGUUUUCCCAUUCAACUCGGAUACAAAGAGAAUGGGUAUUGUUAUUCGUGAUUUGAAGAAAGAUGAAUUAUGGUUUUUAGAGAAAGGUGCUGAUACUGUCAUGACCAAAAUUGUCCAAAGUAAUGAUUGGCUAGAAGAAGAAACUAGUAAUAUGGCCAGAGAAGGUUUACGGACUUUGGUGAUUGGAAGAAAAAAAUUAACAACCAAACUGUAUGAAACUUUCAAAGAGAAAUAUGAGGAGGCAUCUUCUUCAAUGGUUAAUAGAGACGCGGAAAUGCAAAAGGUGUUACUCCAGUAUUUAGAGCAUGACUUGGAGUUAUUAGGUUUGACAGGUGUUGAGGAUAAAUUACAAAAAAACGUUAAAUCAUCGAUUGAACUUUUGAGAAAUGCUGGUAUCAAAAUAUGGAUGUUGACUGGUGAUAAAGUUGAAACUGCUCGCUGUGUUUCAGUUAGUGCAAGGUUAAUCUCUAGAGGUCAGUAUGUCCAUACAGUUACAAAAAUGACCAAGGUUGAAGGAGCAAUGAACUCUUUGGAGUACUUGAGAGUCAACAACAAUUCGUGUCUUUUGAUUGAUGGGGAAUCUUUGGGUCUUUACCUGAGACAUUAUAGAAAGGAGUUUUUUGAUAUUGUUGUCCAAUUACCUUGUGUCAUUGCAUGUCGUUGUACACCUCAACAAAAGGCAGAUGUUGCUGUUCUGAUUAGAGAAAUCACACAUAAAAGAGUAUGCUGUAUUGGUGAUGGUGGUAAUGAUGUUAGUAUGAUUCAAUGUGCCGAUGUAGGUGUCGGUAUUGUUGGUAAAGAAGGUAAGCAAGCUUCUUUAGCUGCUGAUUUUUCAAUCACUCAAUUUUGCCACUUGACAACACUACUAUUGUGGCAUGGCAGAAACAGUUAUAAAAGAUCUGCAAAAUUAGGACAGUUUGUUAUACAUAGAGGUUUAUUGAUUUCAGUUGCUCAAGCCGUUUUUUCAAUUACAUCUGCAUAUGAACCAAUUGCAUUGAUUACAGGAUUUUUAAUGGUUGGUUAUGCCACAUGCUAUACAAUGAUGCCUGUUUUUGCACUUGUUUUUGAUUAUGAUGUCAACAAGGAGGUUUGCUUUGUGUUUCCAGAGUUGUAUCAUGAGCUCACCUCUGGUAAAUCUUUGAGUUACGUUACUUUUUUUGUUUGGUGCGCGGUUUCAUUGUUUCAAGGAAGUGUUAUUCAAUUGUUUGCACAAGCAUUUACUAGUAUUAAUGAAGUCGAUUUCACAAAAAUGGUUGCUUUGUCGUUUUCUGGUUUGGUUUUGAAUGAACUGGCCAUGGUUGGGAUUGAAAUUCACACAUGGAGUAAGAUAUUAAUAUUUUCAGAAGUUGCAACAUUAUUACUUUACGUUGGGUCAGUUCCAUUCUUAUCUGAAUACUUUGAUUUACCCUUCAUGAGCACUUUAAAAUUCUACUGGCAAUUAGCAGUUAUAUUAUCUGUUUCCGUUGUUCCAAUUUGGUUAUCCAAGGUUGUUUAUAAGAAGAUAUAUCCACCAAAUUAUGCCAAGGUUCAAGGUUAUUAG